UUCAUGAUCAUUCUACUCCAACUUCAUUAGGUCACUCAUACAAACAUUCUCCUCGUAAGUUAUAUAAUGAGCCUCACCUUUUCAAACAUUUUUCAAAACUAGAAAUAAAUUAUGAAAAUGAGAAAAUCACAGGUUCUUACGGUGAUAAUUCUUAUGGUUUUGGUCGAGCCAAGCCUGGUCAAAGAGGCUACAGCACACCCAUGUGGUCAAACAUUUUUGUCGGCUUUGAUUCAACUCAUGCCAUGUACACUAUCAGUGGUACCGUUUAGCACAUUGUCUCCGAACGAGCUAUGUUGCACUGCCAUCAAAACGCUUGGUCAGCCUUGUCUAUGCGUUAUUGCCAACGGACCAUCUAUCCCUGGCGUUGAUCACACUCUCGCUCUCCAGUUACCUGGAAAAUGUUCUGCCAAUUUUCCUCCGUGUAACUAAUUUUCUAUGUUUACUAUAAAAUCACGAAUUGCUUUGGUUUUUAAUUAGACUUGAGAAAAAUUAUCAGACAUAUAUGCAAAAUUGUAUUUUUAUAAUUUUAGUGGCAUUGUUAAAGACUAAUUUAUAAGUGAGAGUACCUUUACCUUUGAGAAAUUU